AUAUUCCACCUGUAUAAAUCUUGUGUCGUCUGACAACUUAACGGCAGACGGGAGCGCAUCAAAGAAUGUAAACAACACUGGAUGUUAAAGCUGCACUAUGAAGGCACGUGAAGAACUUGUCUUAAUAUUAGGGUUUAUACUUGGAGUCUCUGGAUUAUCGGACUUGGAAUAUGCCAAGGAAUACUCCAGUAAGGCCGGAAAUCUGAAAAAGAGACCGGAACUCAGGCUGGAUGAAGCAUGGCUGACCAUCAACUCCACCGUCAACUUCAACAUUCUACUUUUCUCAUUAAAUGAUCAGUGUUGGAAGUGUGACCCAGUGUUUGUUGACACGAUACCUAUGCACAGCACCUACACGCUAAAAGUAAACACGACAUUCGGAACAACGACUUAUCUGAAAGAAAAUGACCUCACAGGGAAAGCGGAUGAAACGUUCUGCACAUUUCACGAGAAGUUUACAGAGACGGGGGAUUAUUGGGUUUUUGUUACAAAUCAAGAAUUUCUCAAUCACCAAUGCAACCUGCUUCAGAUCAACGACCCACUCCCGGCGGAAAUGCCGAUAGUUUAUGUGUUUGGUGGACUUCUGGUAUUGUGGGUCAUUGGUGACAUGAUAGUUAGACUAGACAGAAAAUACAAUAAAUCACAGUCCUUAAACAUAACGGAUCCGGAAAAUGCACCACGGAAUUUACGUAUGAAGUCUCUUCGACAAACAGCCAACGGAUUUUCAGACAUGAACGGACAGAACGGAAUACCGAGUGAUCAAAGCGAGGCUCAUCGUCAGUAUUCAACACACAAUAAAAGAGAGCGAUUGAAAUCAUUGGACACAUUCAGAGGAUUGAGUUUGAUGAUUAUGAUAUUUGUGAACUAUGGAGGAGGGGGAUACUGGUUCUUUGAUCACCCUCCUUGGAAUGGGCUAACAGUUGCAGACCUGGUGUUUCCAUGGUUUAUAUUUAUCAUGGGUACAGCAAUGAAUUAUUCCUUUCGCGGUAUGAAAAAGAGAGGUGUCCCCAGAUACAGAAUGCUAUAUAAGGUUCUCAGAAGGGCAAUUCUUUUAUUCUUUAUCGGGAUCGUUCUGAACACCAACUGGGGACCCGUUGACCUGGAUACUAUCCGUAUACCGGGUGUGUUACAGCGGUUCAGUCUGACGUACCUUGUGCUGGGGCUGAUUGAGAUCUGCUUCUGUCGGUACGAUACCCCGGAUAAAUAUCAGGACAGAUGCUGGUCACCGCUUAGAGACAUUCUGUUGUUCCUCCCUCAGUGGAUUUUGUCCCUGGGUAUCUUAGCAGCCUAUGUGUGUUUGACCCUGCUUCUGCCCAUAGGUGACUGUCCCACGGGAUAUAUUGGACCUGGCGGUCUCCACGACGGAGGUAAAUUUUAUAACUGCACGGCAGGAGCUGCCUCUUACAUUGAUAUCAAGGUGCUGGGGAAAAACCACAUAUACGGAAAACCUACACCGCAUAUUAUCUAUCAAACAACUACUCCUCAUGACCCCGAAGGCAUUCUGGGAACACUGUCUUCCAUCUUUCUAUGCUUUUUAGGAUUACAGUCUGGCCGAAUUCUUUUGUAUUAUGUUGGCCAUGCCAGUCGGGUGGUACGAUGGCUUAUUUGGGCGGUUAUCACGGGAGCCAUAGGAGGAACUCUGUGUAAAUUUUCCGCCAAUGAUGGCUGGAUUCCACUCAACAAGAACCUCUGGUCAGUUUCUUUUAUCAUGGUGACCGCCUGUUUUGCAUUCCUUCUCCUUUCCUUUUUGUAUCUUAUCAUUGACGUUGCCAAAAUAUGGGAUGGGACGCCUUUUAUAUUUCCUGGAAUGAACUCUUUAGUUGUAUACGUGUGCCAUGACGUGUUUUAUCGAUUUUUCCCCGUCAACUGGUCAAUGGAUAAUCCAAUGCACUGGCACUUACUUCUGAAAGCAGUGUGGGAUACGGCAAUAUGGGUCGUUCUGGCGUAUAUUCUUUACAGAAAGAGGAUAUUCAUUGCUCUAUAGACUUGCAUGUGCCAAGGUUAAAGAUGUAGGGAGAAUAUAAAAUGUUUUCUUUGUAAGGAUAAAUGAAAAAUGUUCUUAAUAUGGAAUUGAACAAUUCAAUUUAUAUGUAAACAAAGCAAAUUGAUUUAAUGCUUUAAUAACUUCAGUGCUACAAAUAUUAUUUAUAUUUUUGUUCUUUGUAGACAAACGUCGCUAGCAUAUUACCGCACGAGAAACGAUAUGUACAUUGCGUCAAUCAUUUAUGAAAGAUGAAAGCAAUUCUCCAACUUUGUGAAAAUUGUAGUUUAAAUAUUUAUGUUCUUAUUCAAAAAAUUAAUAUGUUGCUAAUGAAAGUCUUGCAAUGCUUGAA